GCGCAAACCGGAACUUGUCAUAACUGUCCACCUUAGAGAAAGUUACAUGUUGCUGGGAGAGCUAACGCAUUAACAGCCGCUAUUUGAGCGUCAAAAGAAAAAUAUCGCUUGAAAUUUAAUUCUAGUGUUUUUAAUUUUAUCAUGUAUUAUAAGAGGUUGAAUAAUUAGCGUGAUAGUUUGCGGCGUGGGGGUUGACAAGCGCGAAGAAGUCACUGAGCAUUGUUCAUUCUGUUAGCUCGUGUUAGCAAAUGAUAGCUAAUCAGACAAUUAGGGUGUUAUUUCAGCGUUAUUUUCAUGGAUUAGAUUUGUAGUUAUUGUUUUUAAGUGUGGACUGAUUUCUGGAUAAAUUUCCUCUUUAAAUGGAUGAGCACAAGGAGAAUAUUCAAGCCAAGGACGUCAAUGUGAAGAUGUCAAAGACAGGAGAGGAGGAAAAGACAAAGCCUUGCAGCAGGAUCUGUCCCGCAGAAGAAUCUGCUCCUCAGGUAUCCCCGUCUCAGUCCAACAGCGACUUCAGUCACCCCGUGUACAAAGAGAUCGCUCUAGCUAAUGGACAGAUAAACCGCAUGUCAAAGGAUGAGCUGAGGAAGAAGUUGGCUGAUCUGCAGCUCGACACAAGAGGUGUGAAGGACGUGAUGAAGAAGAGGUUAAAGAGUCAUUAUAAGAAGCAGAAGCUGAUGCAGUCAGCAGCAGAGGGAGGACCCACUGACACCUACUACGACUACAUCUGUGUGGUGGACUUUGAAGCGACGUGUGAGGAGGACAAUCCUCCGGACUUCCACCAUGAAAUCAUCGAGUUCCCCAUGGUGCUCAUCAACACGCACACACUAGAAAUCGUGGACUCCUUUCAGGAAUAUGUGAGACCAGAGUUAAACCCAAAGCUGUCAGACUUCUGUGUGAAGUUAACGGGGAUAACGCAGAAAAUGGUGGAUGAAGCAGACACGUUUCCAGCCGUCCUGCAGCGGGUCGUCGACUGGCUGAAGGAGAGAGAGCUCGGGACAAAAUACAAAUACGCCAUCCUUACUGACGGGGCGUGGGACAUGAGCAAGUUCCUGAACAUCCAGUGUCAGAUCAGCCGCAUCAGAUAUCCGACCUUUGCAAAGAAGUGGAUAAACAUCAGGAAGUUAUACGGAAACUUCUACAAGGUUCCUCGUGCACAGACGAAGCUGAGCACCAUGUUGGAGAAGUUAGGUCUGAAGUACGAAGGCCGUCCUCACUCCGGCCUCGACGAUUCACGUAACAUCGCCAGGAUAGCCCUACGCAUGCUGCAGGACGGCUGCCAGCUCCGUGUCAACGAACGCAUCCACGCCGGCCAGCUGCUCUCUGUCCCCAGCUCGGCUCCUGUAGAGGGCGCUCCUCCGCCACACAACCCCAAGAGUAGAGAUUAAAAACAAACUGAGGCCCCUGCUUUCAGGGCCACGCCUGUCUUGCUUUCAGAAGAGGAGAGAAGUUGUACAUUUUCAUUUUAGAGUGCUUGAAGUGUGUUAAAAGUCAUAUGAGAUCUAUUUUUUACACCAGUUAUCUAAAAACACAGAUCAUUCCAGUGUUUAAUGUGAGGAUUUUUCCCUCCACAGCUUCAGUGUAAACCUCUCUCCCUUUGCCUUAUUGAGCUGCUAUUAACCAUCAAACAACUGGAGUAAUAAGCCUUUCAGUUGUCACACGAUGGUCUAAAAUUUUCACUUUUUAAGGUCUUGUUUUCAAAACUGCAAUGUCGUCAUUCAGUUUUUUCUUUAGCCAUUAAAUCUGCCUUUGUCAAACCUUUGUGUGUUAAAGACAGAAAUCUCCAUAAAUGUUGAUGUUGGUGCUGUGCUGCAUCAUAAUGGAGAUGUAUCAGAAGCAUUGAUUUAGAGAAAGAUGCAGGUUUUGAAACAGUCUUGUUGACUCUGUCUAUGAAAGCCUGCUGUAACACCACAGGUGGAGAUAAACUUACCUUAAGAAGUCUGCUGUGAAUAUUCAUCCUGUUUCAUCAUUUGUACUGAUGCUGAGAAAUGUUUAUUUGAUGAAUUUUAACAGGAACAAAUAUUCUCCUGAAUGCCAAAUGGUGCAAAUAAAACCAGUUUCUCUGUUCUUGUAAA